CGAUGCCCAUUUCAUUUCCUCCGUUGUCAUGGAAAAAGCUAACCCUGAAUCCAACAUAAAAACGCGUAACUGUGUAAUUGACAAGACCAUUAUAAUGGAGAUGGACCAUGGUUGUUCUGUUUACUUUGCACACAUCGUCUCUUUGCUAAAGGCAACACAAGGCAGAAAGUAAGUAUGACGCUUUUUUCAAUAAGUGAUGGCAUCGCAUAACUCCCCCGGCACUCAAGUUCGUCGACGACAACUGCCGAGUCUGUCUGUAGAAACUGCGAACAGGCAGAAAUCACCCCUUACCUCUCAUAUGACCUACAAAUCAAGCUUGGAAUAUUUGAUGAAAAACGAAGGAACAUUUGCCAAAGUAUUGGAGUUAAUAAGAAGAUAUCCUACACUCGCUGAUCAUCGUUCCACAGGGAAAAUCUGGGAGAUUUUGUCUCUUGGAACAAAAUCUGUGCCCAGAAGACCACUCUCUAGUUACGAUACACAGCGUUGUGAACCACUCACCAUGCCGACAAUAUCUGUUUCAUCAGAGGUGUCGUCUGAUCUGCAAUGUCCAUCUUGUGCUCGACAUGAAAAACUUCAUCUCGGAAUCAUAGGAAUGUCAUCCGACCACUCAGAUACUUUGAAAUGGUCUCCUCUUGUGUGCAGAUUAUCAUCUGAAGUUUUUGUGAAUUGUUUUAAGAGCAGCAUGGACAUGAGCUUAGAGAUAGAGAGUGUAGAUGGGAUUGUUUUCUUUAUGACAUCUUCUAGUUUUCGCAAUGUUUCAUAUCUUCAGGCACUAAGUUACGCUCAAGAGCAAGGUAUUCCUGUAGUAUUUGUCAGGGAGCCAGGACUUAAACUUCCUCAUCACGUUUCUGGUGAAUUCACCGAAAAAAUCUUACUCCAACAGGGCAUUAAGCAACAGUCACCUACACACUCGUAUGAUGACCUCAGCACCAAUGACUUGCUAAGAUCCGAUGCACUUCCUCCAAUAUCAAAAAGUGGGUAUUAUUUCAAUUCAGAGCAAAAGAAGGUUUCUUCUUUGUCACGACCGAUCUCCCCUGAAUUAUUGGUCAAUGGAUUCAAAGAAGCUCUGUUGCAUUCUGGCAAUAACACCGACUACUGUGUCCAGGUAACGAUCAAAAUAAUCUCUCAGUCUCCAAGAACCAGGAAGCAAAGGGCAUCAGCUAAUAUGGACGACUCAAAACUGAAACCGCCAACAUUCGACAAUUUCUUAGAAACUUCAACUACCAGUACAAAGCGGCAAAACUUUGCCAAGGGAGGACUGUUCACAGACAACGUUUCCGAAAGUUCUUCGUCUACGGAAUCAUCAGAAGACAGUGUUGUAGAGGUUAGUCCGGCCAAACAACCCAUUGACCGAAGAGAGUCACUGGACCAGGAAACCAUCUAUGUUUUGUUUCCGGAUAGAAAUGAGGGUGCAUCAACAGCAAAACCAGUCUACGUGAAGUGGCCGCCAAGCAAAAACGAGGUCUAUAAUAGCGAUACAACGCUGACGGAUGUUGACGACGAGUCAUUUCUCUCAGACUCGUCUGUUGGCUUUCAAGAUGUUGAUUUAGCUGAUAUAAUGUCUACUUCAGACGAGGAAUCCAUUGUUACAUGACGUCAUAUGCAAGUAAAAGGAUUUACAUGAACUCAACGUUUAUACUAAUUAACCACAGUGACAUUCUGUUAUGACGUUUUGCUCCAUUGAAACAGUGCAAUUCGCGUAAUACUGGUAUAAAGGACCAGAUUAUAUUGCCUAGCAAACACCGGUGUCCACGCUCUAAAGACAUAUUUAACCUUCUUCUAACCUUCAACAAACGAUUUUGAAUGAGAAAGAUAUGCUAUUUUAUCUAUAUUUCAAUUGUUUGAUUGUUUUUGAUAAUAGCUUGCUAAGUAAAACCUGUUUUUCAA